CUGAUCAGAACAGACAAAUGUAGCCACCCACCUCUAGGAGGAAAACUGAGCUGCAGCCCUGGUGAAACAUAAAGUUUAUUUGACUAAAGUGACGCAAAAAUUCUUAAAGAGCUCUUUGGCAGCAGAUUAUCUGGAAAUCAGACCAUGUGAGGGGGAUUGGUGUACAAAAACCUCACCAAGAUGCUGAGUUGCCCACAGGCAGAGUUCCCAAGACUCUGAAGUAAAUGUGGGUGAAGGUUACUCGAGCUUGGAUAACUCCAAGGAAAACGCUUGAAACCCAUCCGAAAGACAGAUGGUGUUUAUGCCUUCGAUCUGAUGGAUUUAAAUAUGAAAGAGAAAGUCUAAAAGUGCUGGGAAUAAGAGCGUGGGAAGAAGAUCCACAAGGGGACUCUCUGCUGCUGUCCUUCUGCAAGUGAUCAGAACAAAUCUUGGGAAAAAUGGAAAAAAAGGCAACAAGCAAUGAGACUGAGCCACUGACUUCCAAGAAAGAUGUCUCAGACUGUAAGGAAGGAGAAGAUUGUAAAGGGAACGGGCUUCUGGUCAGGAACCCUAAAUCUGCUCUGCGGCUAGUGGAGGAUGGCAAUAAAGUCCAUCCCAGCCAGGGAGAUAAAGGGGAGGCAGCUCAGAUCUCAAAUGGUUAUUCAGGGGUUCAGAUCUCUGUUCCCUGCAAUGGAAUGGGAGAGGUGGAAGAUGCCCAGUGCACUGCCCCAGCAGCCACAACCACCACUACAACCACCACUUCUACCACCUGCGGAGCAGAAGGGCAGCAGCAGCUGAUGGAGCUAGAAGACAGGGAGACCUGGAGUAAAAAAAUUGACUUUCUGCUCUCUGUCAUUGGAUAUGCAGUGGAUUUGGGAAACGUGUGGAGAUUUCCUUACAUAUGCUACCAGAACGGAGGAGGAGCAUUCCUCAUUCCUUACACAAUUAUGGCCAUCUUUGGAGGGAUUCCUCUCUUCUAUAUGGAACUAGCCCUAGGACAGUACCACAGGAAUGGGUGUAUUUCAAUUUGGAGAAAAAUCUGUCCUAUAUUCAAAGGAAUUGGCUUUGCCAUCUGUAUAAUAGAUCUUUACGUAGCCUCCUACUACAACACCAUUAUGGCUUGGGCCUUUUACUACCUCGUAUCCUCCUUCACGGCGGAGCUGCCGUGGACUAGCUGCACAAACGCUUGGAACACAGGCAACUGCACUAACUACUUCAGCAAGGAUAAUGUCAGCUGGUCCCUGUACUCCAUCUCUCCUGCAGAAGAAUUUUAUACCCGCCAAGUCCUACAGGUGCACAGGUCUGAUGGGCUGGAUGACCUGGGGGGCAUUAGCUGGCAACUGACCCUCUGUUUACUGUUAAUCUUCACCAUCGUAUACUUCAGCAUCUGGAAAGGGGUCAAAACAUCUGGCAAGGUGGUAUGGGUGACUGCCACAUUCCCUUACAUCAUACUCUUUAUCCUGCUAGUGAGAGGUGCAACUUUGCCUGGGGCUUGGCGAGGUGUCCUCUACUAUGUGAAACCUGACUGGCAGAAGCUCCUUGCCACCGAGGUUUGGGUGGAUGCAGCAGCUCAGAUUUUUUUCUCCCUUGGUCCAGGUUUUGGGGUCCUAUUGGCUUAUGCCAGCUACAACAAGUUCCAUAACAACUGCUACCAAGAUGCCCUGGUUACCAGUACCGUGAACUGUGUGACUAGUUUUGUGUCUGGAUUUGUUAUUUUCACCGUGCUGGGAUACAUGGCUGAGAUGAGGAAUGAAGAUGUAUCAGAGGUUGCCAAGGACACUGGACCCAGCCUUCUCUUCAUUACAUACGCUGAGGCCAUUGCAAACAUGCCUGCUUCCACUUUCUUUGCCAUCAUCUUUUUCCUGAUGUUACUCACACUGGGAUUAGACAGCACGUUUGCAGGACUAGAGGGAGUGAUUACUGGAGUACUGGAUGAAUUCCCACAUGUCUGGAGCAAACGCAGGGAAUUGUUUGUACUUGGUCUGACCAUCGUUUGCUUUUUGGGGUCAUUAGCAACACUGACAUUUGGAGGCGCGUAUGUGGUAAAGCUGUUUGAAGAAUACGCCACUGGUCCAGCUGUCCUAACAGUCGUGUUUUUGGAAGCAGUUGCCGUGGCCUGGUUCUACGGCAUCACCCAGUUUUGCAAUGAUGUGAAAGAAAUGCUAGGCUUUACCCCAGGCUGGUACUGGCGAGUUUGCUGGGUAGCAAUUAGUCCCAUCUUCCUUCUGUUUGUUACUUGCAGCUUUCUGUCCAAUCCUCCUGAGCUACGGCUUUUUGAUUAUAAUUAUCCCUACUGGACCACAGUGGUGGGUUAUUGCAUAGGAACCUCUUCUAUCAUCUGUAUUCCAAUCUACAUGGUUUAUCGGUUGAUCAUCACUCCAGGAACACUUAAGGAGCGUAUUCUGAAAAGCAUUACUCCAGAAACAGCUACAGAAAUUCCUUUUGGAGACAUCCGCAUGAACGCUGUAUAAGCUAACCUGUUUCCUGGGGGGAGAAAGGGAGAGCAUAAAAAUGUAAUUUUCCCCAUACUCUCCCCCCCAAAGAAUUACAUUUCCAGCUGAGACAACAAACGGAGUUUUCUGCGGAGGUUGUGUCACUGACUACGGGCAUUUGGAAACAUGGUGCCUCCAGCACAUUCAUCCAAGAAAUUCAAUGAAAUCUACUGUGCACUUCUAACCAGACUGAACUGGCUGAGAACUAAUGCAUUCUGGAAACACGAGGAUUUCUGUGUGCAUGAGAAUACCACUACUCCAUGCGUGGGCGCUGGGGCUGUCUGAAAGUGUGCGUGAUUGCAUAACCCACUGUAGGACGAGCACCAGCGGGUAGGAUUAGGUGUAGAAUCCCAAGUCUGUGGCAGUACUCCUGUAUCUUCCUCCAUGUGAUCAUUCGUACUGGGCAAUGUCAUAUUUGCUUCUAAGGUUCUAAUUGCUUAAACUACAUUCAAAAAUACAAAAAUAUUUCUGAUAGCCAUACCUUACUCAAGUAACACAGGGUUUUAUAAACUAGGAAAAAAAAAUAGUCAAUUCCCUAGAUUUGUAGUGGAGUAGACAGAGGAAGAGGAAACAAUCCUGAGCAGCACUACAUACAGCUCUGCAUAUAUUAGCACACACAUCUGGUAGCAUUAUCCUCCUUUUCCUUUCCUGCAUUUUGUAGAUGGUAAAAGUUUCUGUCAAUUGUUUCAUGCAUAACAAAUACUACAAAUGCAUUUUUUGUAAUGUUGUAGGCUUCACUUUCCUUUAGACCCAUCGAGCCACAAAAACUCAUCGUGGCUUACUUGACAAGCACCUAAGCUGCUAGCACUUACAAUACUGUUUUCAUAACUAAGCUAGAUACUCACAAAAUCAGCAUCCUGACAGACCUAACACUUAUACCUACAGAAACUACAGACCAACAAUGAAUUUUUCUGAGCUUCAGUGCCAAAAAGUAAAAUCUUAAAAUCUGCUUCUCUGCAUUGCUUCCUUUUUUUUUUUUUUUAAAUUUAAUUUCACACCUAAAAUUUGCUGGAGCCUGUGGCUUUUUCUAUUCUUUCCUAUAUAAGAACUAAAGUUUAGAAUAAUUCUUUUGGCUGGCUGACAGAAGUACAUAUAGCAAACUAACAAACCUACUUUCAAGAUUUAUUAGCUCAUAUUCUAAUGUGAACGCAUUUGAUUUUCACCCUGAAGAAUAAAAGGAGGGAAUUUUUUUUUAACAAGUUGAGUGGAGUUCAGCAGGAUUGAUUCUCAUCACUCAAUCUCACUACUUAUAUUCAAUUUCAAGGCACUGAUAAUGCAUACACAUGCUCUCCAAAUGUAACUGCCCUUCAGACUGACUGCAGAUGCCAAAAGCCAGUUGGAGGACAAUAGUUCUGCUGCAGUUAUGUGGCAGUUUAGAUAAACCUAAGCAGGCAUCAUUUAUGUAAAAACCACAUAGAUUAUAACAAAAGUAAAAUAAAAGAGAGGCUAAAAGUCUCUUUUGUAUCUCAUGAUCUACUUAGGUAAUGUACUGCUAAAAUUAAUAAGGUUAGAUAUGCAUUCAUAGCAGCAGGCAUGAAGAAACCUAUUGAAAAGUUUACAUUGGUACGAAGAACUUGCCAUACAAGAGGAAAGCAGUGAUGGGCUGUUUGCCUUCUGAAAGUAUUUUCAUUGUUUCCACCCAGGUUUUUCUCCCUCAGGUCUGCACACACCUCCCCAAGGAAGGCCUCUUACACUUCAGCUAUUGACCGGAGUUCACUUAACUCUAGGUCUCAAGCCCAAUUUGCAGUAAGGAAAUAACUUAAAGGCAUAAGGACUGUUCUUUUGGAACUACAAACAAAAGACUCCUAAACUGUUUUUAAAAAAGGAAUAUGUUCUUUCAUUACCACUAGAAAAAAAAAUAAUACAUCUGUCUUACUGAUCAGUAACUCCUAAGAAAUAGUUUUGUAGCUUAGCCUGUAAGUAUAUUUGAAAACUACUUCCAAAACUGGCUUCAGUGUGAGGAAAAGAAGAAUGGUCUGGGAAUUCUUUUAAUAUUGAAAAGCCAUUAAAUUACCAAUCAAAAAGUUACCAAUUUUUUUAAAAUAAAAUUUUGUUAUUAAUUAAUUCAAAAAAUACAUUGACUUUUCAUAUGUACGAUGAAUAAGGUGUGCAUCCAAUAUCAAGUAUGGGAAAUAAAGGAGAAAACCCUAUCCAGCUUCUUCAUUCUUCAGGCUGGUGUUCAACUAAUGCUAGGUAUUUUUCCUCCUAAAUGUGUAAGUAUUUAAAUAGAUAAAUCUUACAAAUGGAAUUUCUUGCCAGACUUGAUAGUGUUUCAUGCUAGGCUCAUUAACCAAAACAAAAACUCCCACCCCACCCUCCCCGCAAAACCAACAGUUCCAAUUUUUGGUCAUUUAUGUUCCUUUUAUUAGGAAUGGUGAAGGUGGGGAUGGAAAUAGUUGAGUUAAAUAUGAGCAUUAUCUGUAUCAAAGCCAAAGUUUCUCUUUCAGCCCUUGCAAGCAAACUGAAACUGGCAACAGUAUUUCUAACAGAAUAAUUUGCAGAGUAAUAAUUGCAGAAAUCACUGAUAUUUAGUACGCAACACUACUGAUGUUAUUCUUUUAUAACAGCAUUUAAAAUGACAAAAGAGGCAUCUUUAAUUUGUAUUUUUUAAGACACUACUAUACAACAGACAUUGUCUCUCUGGGUGGUUUUAGCACAGAAUGCUGAGCAACUUCCCAAGAAAUGACACUGUUUUCUAGUGGAUUAUGAGUCAGCCAAGAAGCCCUGAUAUGAAUACAAGCCCUGCAAGAGUCACAGUGUAAAACAGGACAAGGUCUCUCAGCUUGAAUUUCUCAGCUGAAAAAUGAGAAUGCUGCACUCCGAGUACAGAUGUAUUGAGAGAAGGUGAAAGUAUACAGACAUGCAAAGUCACAGGAAAAAUAUUUUUAGAAAUACAGUCCAGAAGAUCAUUUGUGAUGUUAAAUCUUUGUUCUCUUUUCACUAGGAUAAUCCAGUCUGGGGUCCUUAUGGGAACAGGGGGCAAGGAAGCCCUCCAGAAUUGGAUUAAAAAGGCUUGUCUUCAUACAAAGAUAAAAUAACAUUAAUGUUUUCAUUCUAUAAAAGCUGAAUUUGCAAGGCAGUUUAGUCCUCAUUAUUUUUUUGUCACAUGGCAUACUGGUUUCAAGUUUUCUAAAUCUUCUUACGAUAAAUUCAUUUUUUAGUAUCUCUAUUUAGCUGAGUGGUUGAAAUACUGAGAAAUUGAUUUCAUUUAUUUUUGUCAUUGAAUUUUUUUCCUGCCUUUUACAUAUCCAUCUGAAAACAUUUAGAGUAACCAAUAUUUAUCAGGUAGCUCAACAAGUAGCCAUACAUUAAGCAUUGGUUUUGUACAAAAACUAGUUAUAUUGAUACCAAGUGGGCUGCACUGCAAGUAAAACUGUUUUGAGGCAAACAAAUUCCUUCUCUUCAGCUCACCUUGCACUUACCCAUCACAUGAGUAUAUCCUACCCUCUAUUCUGAACAGUGAAAAGGAAAUUCUGAAACUGGUAAAUUAGGACCAUGUUUGCCUUUUAAGCAAAGAGAAUUGAACUAGUUUUAGCUGUACAGAACUAAGUAUUCCCUCCAACUUGUACAUGAUGCACCUGUAUUAAUUUAUGCAGCUGUUUAGUUACAAGUGUUGCAAGCUGAUUGUAAGUCAUCAGUAUGUGCCUUGUACUGUAAACUGUUAUUGUAAUAAAUUUAAUAUUCAUAACCCA